GGCCAGUGCCCUGUCUGAUGCCCCAGGGCAGGCUUGGGCAGCAGCUAGGAAGCCUUUAAACCUGUCAACCUCUGUCCCUCAGGAGAAGAUCGGCUGGCGAAAGGAUGCACUGCACUUGCUGGUGUUCACCACGGACGACGUGCCCCACAUCGCACUGGACGGAAAGCUAGGGGGCCUGGUGCAGCCGCACGAUGGCCAGUGCCACCUGAAUGAGGCCAACGAGUAUACGGCAUCCAACCAGAUGGACUAUCCAUCCCUUGCGUUGCUUGGAGAGAAAUUGGCAGAGAACAAUAUCAACCUCAUCUUUGCAGUGACGAAAAACCACUAUAUGCUCUAUAAG